AUGCUGAUAUGGAACCUCUGGAAAGCUAGAAAUGCUUGGAUAUGCAACAAGGAAAAGUGGAUAGAUAAGGAUAUUGUGGACAAAGCUUACAAUGAGUGGCUUGAGUUUGACAAUAGAGCUGAAUUUGAUGCACAACCUAUACCCCAACAUUCUUCUUCAAACCAUUCUUCUACAGAGCAAUUUUCCAAGAAGGUAGGACAAACGAGCUUCUUUGUCAUUGCCUUAAGCUCCUUGGAAGAAUGUGUUGAAUUCCAAUGCAAGGUUGAGCUUGAAAACAAAGAGGUAUACUUCUUAUCCUCAUCCGAAAACAAAAACUCUCAUGGGGAAUCUAAUAUCCUCAAUCUGCAGCUCUUUCCACCUUCAAUGGCGAUAUCUCCCGCGUUUCUGCACUCUGCCGCGUCCACAUUCGACGGCCGAUUCAGCGUCCGUCUUCCCUCCGUCACAUUCCCCGGCGGUCGGACCCGCCGCCUUUCCGUCAAAGCGACGUCGUCGAUCGUCCUGGUGGACAAAACCGAGGCCGAGAAAGUCAGCCGACUCAAGACUACUUACCUGGAUAAAAUCGUCCCAUUGCUCAAGGAAGAGUUCAAUUACACCAACAUUCACCAGGUCCCGAAAGUAGAAAAGAUUGUAGUGAACUGUGGAAUCGGAGAUGCUGCCCAGAAUGCAAAGGGUUUGGAAGCAGCUAUCAACGACUUGGCACUCAUUACUGGGCAGAGACCGGUUAAGACUAGAGCAAAGAAGGCCAUUGCCACUUUUAAAAUUAGAGAAGGCCAGCCACUCGGAAUCGCUUGCACUCUAAGAGGAAAAGUUGAGAUAAUGGUGUUCCAUGUUAACUUAAAGCUUCAUGUGAUGUACUCAUUUCUCGACCGGCUCAUUAACUUGGGGCUUCCCAGAACAAGGGACUUUCAAGGGGUGAGCCCUAGCAGCUUUGAUGGAAACGGUAAUUAUAGCAUAGGCAUUCGUGAACAGAGUGUUUUCCCGGAAUUAGGUUACGACUUGUAUGGUAAACCGAGGGGAAUGGACGUUUGUAUAACAACCACAGCUAAUACGGAUAAAGAGGCUUAUAAGUUGCUGGCUCUCAUGGGGAUGCCUUUCAGAGAAGGCAGUGUUACUGGGACCACACCUGUUGUGAAGAAGAAGAAGUUCAAGUCACAUCACUUUGUUUCGAAAUCCAAGUCGAAGCAGAAUACCAGCAAGAAGAGAUAGGCUUUAUCGGCUUAUCUAAGGGAGGAUUUUCGAGGUUCUGAGUUGUUGAUUCUCUUUGAUUGUUGUACCUUUUUGUGUUUAGUAUGGAGUUGGAAGUUUGUUGAAACUAAUGGUGAGACUCUGUAAUGGUGUUAAUUUUCCACCCAACCACUUGUCAAGUAUUUCAGUCUUCUUGAGUAUUUUAAUUAAUGUGUGAUACAUUUUGGGCUUGAUUUUGGAUGUGUUAUAGUUGAUGUUGGAGGAUUUAAAAAUCCACGAAGGUAUAAACUUCUGAAGUCGUUGUACGUUGCGUUUAAAUUGUGUAAUAUUUUCGCACUUAUAGAGUUGAGAUAAUUG